UAAUGUUUUAAACGUGAUGUUUUAAAUUGUUGAUAUAUGUGUGUAUAACUGUUAUGUUUUUAGAUCAUACAAGAAAGGUAAGUUUGUAAGAAAUUUAAUACAGCAUAUACAAAUAUAAAAUAAUGAAUAAUUAAUUCUGAAAUGUAUUAGACAACUGUUUUAGUUUUAACUGAUUAGGUAUAACAGUUUUUCACUUUCCUGAUUACAAAUGAGGUCUUAAGCAUUCCACUAAUUGAAUAAAUAAGAAUGCGGAAAUUGGCAACAAAUCCUUCAUCAUAUAUUUGUAUAGCACAAAGUACUUAAAAAAAUAGAAAUACAACAGUAAAUACAAUAAAUUAAAAAUUUAAAAAUUCAGCACCGCAUUCACCGCUUAAUAUCCUUUUUUUUUAUAUAAAAAAAUGGGGGAAAUAUGCUAUUAUCGAUACUUUCGAUAAGUAUCGAAAAAAAGUUUGCUUAUCCCUACUCUUGGUCUGCAUUUGUCAUAGAGAAAAUUUUUAUAGCAUUUGUCUUUGUUAUCAUGGCGAGAUCGUAUUCGACACACUGAAGCCGUGGAAUCUGAAGAAUAUUUUAAAUAAAAUAAUAACAAUUUGUGAAAAUAGUAAAAUUUAAUUAAGACUAUUUAUGAAUGCAAGUGAUUUGUGUUUAACAUCCUGUGAUGUGCGUGUGACGUGUAUGUAAUGUUGACGCAUUGAUUAUUUGCCUAGCGUGGUGAAUAAAAUGACGCAGUUUUUACCUCCGAAUUUGCUCGCUUUGUUCGCGGCACGCGAUCCCAUCCCAUAUCUACCACCAGCGGCAAAGCUCCCACACGAGAAGAAACAGAAAGGCUACGAUGGAGUCGGCGCAUUCCUUAACAUAUUCGAGCAUCCAUCAGAAACACCCCCACCCACUCGGGUGGAAACACGGGAGGAGCGACUGGAGAGAAAGAGACGUGAACGAGCAGAACAGACGGCGUACAAGCUGGAGCAGGAGAUAGCGCUGUGGGAUCCGUCCACCAACGCCAGAGCAACCACCGAUCCGUUCAAAACGUUAUUUGUGGCUAGGAUUAAUUAUGACACAUCAGAAUCAAAACUCAGAAGAGAAUUCGAAGGAUAUGGACCAAUAAAAAAGAUAUUCAUGAUAUUUAACAAGGAGAACGACAAGCCUCGCGGCUACGCCUUCAUAGAGUACGAACACGAACGCGACAUGCACUCGGCGUACAAGCACGCGGACGGGAAGAAGAUCGACGGCAAGCGCGUGCUGGUCGACGUCGAGCGUGCCAGGACCGUCAAGGGCUGGCUGCCGCGCCGCCUGGGCGGCGGCCUGGGCGGCACGCGGCGCGGCGGCGCGGACGUGAACAUCAAGCACUCGGGCCGCGAGGACAACGAGCGCGAGCGCGAGCGGUACCGCCUCGAGCAGCACCGCGGGGACCGCGACCGGGACCGGGACCGCGACCGGGACCGCGACAGGGACCGUGAGUUGUUCAUCGAUUGUGUUAUGGCUCUGUCACUGUCUCUCAGCCGCCGCCGGUCGCGCUCGCGGUCGCGGCGGCGCUCCCCCGCGCACGCGCCGCACCGCCGCGACCGCGCCCCCGACGACAAGGACAAGGACAAGGAGGACAGUAGACGCCGCCGCCGCUCCCGCUCGCGGUCUGAACGCCGUCGCGGGGCGCGUACACAGUCCGCCGCCGGAACCGCCGGAUCCGCCGGAGCCGCCGCCGGCCGCGAGUCGCCGCGCCGGGAGAGGAAGCGCGCGCGCCGGGACAGGGACAGGGAGCGGGACAGGGACAGGAAGGAGCACAAGGUCAAGCCCGAGGAGGUCAAGGUCAAGCCCGAGCCCAUGGACGGUAUGUGUGCAACACUUGUGCUUUGAUGGUACUUCAUUUCAGGAAUACAUAUAAACUUAUCUUAUCAUGUUCCCAUCAUUAUAAUUGGAUCCUCUCGGUUAAUCGGGCAUUAGACAUAUUUCAUACCCGAUUAAAUUAAAUCCAAAUCGGUAUAUACUUAUAUUUUUUUCAUAUUACAAAACAAAAAAUUUUUUCUUUACUUAUUUCAUUGUGUAAAAACACCUUUAGAUUUAAAUAUUAAUUUGGCACUACACAGUUGUCACUUAUUAUGUGUGUUGUGUAACGUAAUAAUUAAAUAAAUAUUAGACUAGACAUACGUUGCUCAGAUUCCAAGAUGAGAGUAGCGGAAGCUUUCGUAUUAUGAAGUAUCUGAAUCUGAUAAAACGGAAGUCCCACAACACCCAGACACGAGACAAUAUAGAAAAGUCCAUUCCCUACAUCGACUUGAACGACAAUCGAACCCGGGACCUCACAGACGGCGACCCCCUGAGCCUGUGCGCGAGUCACUAACGACACAAAGUACCAGGCUAGCAUAAAAAGGGGGCUUUUAAAUAUUUUUUUUGUUAUUGUAGGUCCAUUCUAGACCAUUUCCAAUUAUUAAUAAGUUCUAUAGUAUUUUAUAGUAUACUAACUUUAGCCAGCGGCUUCGCCCGCAUGGUCCCUAGGGAAAUGUUAAAUGGGAUAAAAAAUAUCCUAUUAUC